GUGCUGCAUGUGUCUAGUGGAUAGUUCUGAGAUCGUUGUCGGUGGAGUGUUUCGGCCGCGCCGUGUGUGGGUUUUAUAUGGUGGAAUAUUGUAAAGCAGCAACAACAACAACAACGAACAGUAGCAGCUGGAAAGAAGAAGCAGCAGUGCAAAGACUCGAAGCAAAGGUGGUGUAUCCCGAAGCUGUGCGUUCCCAAGGAUUAGCAGCAGUGUUUGAUCGAAGUCGAUCCUAGAACGUCUCUAGGAAUACAAAACGAGAAUGGAACCGCGAAGUUCCACAGCGAAAGUGCAAACGGGUGGAUUUUUCAAAGUUGGAGGAAAAUCGAAUAGAUUGUAGCAGUUUUUCCUCCCUUCCUACUGCCUCCUGCCGUCCUCUUCGUGUGGUCCUCCGGGUUCAGAGCGUAGUACAAGUGACAAGUGAGCCAGAGAGUUUUCUUCACUGCGAGUUGAGGAAAAAUGUCUGUAUGGUGAACGACGAAAAACGACUCACGAGAUGUGUUGAAAUGUGUGCGUGAGGGAAACAGGCAAACAACGGCGAGUGUGUAAUAAUAAUCACGAAAAAAAAAAGUGCACGGAAAAUUAGCAGGGUGUGUGUCGGGCAAGGAAAACCCAUGUGUUGGAUAUGAUUUAGAAGGAAGAACCAGACGAGACAGAGCACCGAAUCUGACGACGAAAGCGAGCAGAAGUGAAAAUUGGCAAGUUGGAGCAAAAGAUAAUCGAAAAGUGAAGAAGAUUGACGUCCGAGAACGAAAAGAAGAAAUUUCGGAUGGUGGGAAGAUGCUGGAUUAAGCUGCUCAAUUGGAUGGGAGGCAAACCAUCGCGCGCUAGUGUUGUGUAAAUGCCCAAAGCAGAAGCAAAGGAAGAAGACGCAACAGAGGAGUAACAAUAAUUCCAAAUGUGUACGAACGCAAUCGGGCGUAGCUGGAACAGAAAACCGUAGUGAAAGUUUACACCCUUUCACUCCCUUUUUCCCCGCGGUGUUCUCGUAGUAGCCGUGGGUGUCCGUUGUGUCGUAGUCGUGAUCGUCGGCGCUUAUCGGCGUCGCGUUUUUGUUUCCCUUUAGUUGCUAGUUGUGCUUUUUUUUUGUUUUUCCUUUCGUCGUGUUCGGGUAACUUGAAACUGCAAACUGAAGCACAAUGUCCAGCUGGGCGCAACGGAUGCACCGGCGGGCAGCGACCCUGGGCAGCGUAGUCACAUCGUGUGGCCACCCGGGAUCGCCCUAUCCGCACCGGUUAGAGAAGGUUAAGUUCGGCGUUCCGCUGGACGAGGUAUGCAAGAACGACAUUCCCGGCCCGCUUCUGGUGCUGAUACUGAAGCUGAACAAGGAGGCACCGGUUCUGAAGGACGUGUUCCGAGCACCCGGUCAUCAGGGUGCAAUGAAGAAGCUGAUCCACUUUCUGCAGCAAGGCCGGCUGGUCAACGUGGACAACUACUCGGUGUACACGAUCGCUUCGGUGCUGAAAAAGUUCCUCCGGAAGAUUCCCGGAGGGGUUUUUGGCCGAGAGGGCGAAGCCGAACUGUUCCAGAUCGUGGACAUCGACGAUGAGCAGGUUCAGCAGGAGAAGAUCCACAAAUUACUUAUGUCACUGCCAGGCCACACGCAGCGUCUGCUGGUGCUGCUGUUUGGCACCUUUCGGGUGAUAGCCAGCAAUUCGGAACGGGCCGGCACCGGAAUGACCAGCGAGGCGCUCGGGGUCUCGGUGGCGCCCAGCUUUUUCCAGUCCUGCGUCAGCGACGGCAAAACCGCCCGGAUGGAGGACGUACUGCGGUUUAAGGUGGCGACCCGGAUCAUGAAGCAGAUGAUCGAACAGUUUGCGGCGUGCGAUCUGUUCGGGCGCGACAACUACGAGUACUAUGCCCGAGUGACCGGGCGGGUCCUGCGGGUUCAGGACGAGUGGAUCUGCUCGUUCCGCUAUCCACCGCCCCCGAGGGGGAAGACUGCCCAGCAGAACUAUGCAUUAAAACUAGCUUUAGAAACCGAGAAAACCUGGCUGCAGUGUGAAUGCGAGCGGUGGGGACUAAUCGCACAAGAGGAGUCCCAUUCGACGCCGGCCCUGUUGACGACCGGCGGCCCAAACGUCGGCAACUCGGCCGUUUCCCUAGGAAUCAUUCCAGAGCACUCGUUGCUGGAGUCCUGCGCGCGACUUUCGGUGUCGCUCGAGGGCCCGGGCAUCUUCAACGUGCAAAAAUCCAGCUGCUCCUCGUCGUCGCACUCGUCGUCCUCGACGACGACCCGGUCCGGCUCGCAGCACCACAUGACCCUGGACGAACUGCGGGCGGUCAACCGGUACGCCGAGAGCACCAAGAGCCUAUCCUUCCUACCUCAGGUCCACGAACGACAGGCGGCCCGAAUGCGCACCCGAUCCGAGUGGUUCCUGGGAGCCCGCGGUGGUUCCCUAGAGCUGUGCCAUCCGCAGAUCGUUACCUCGACGCCCAUUCCGGGCAGCAUCCUGGGUGGAAUAGGCAGCGGGGGUGGAGGACCAGGACCCGGACCCGGACACCAUCACCAUGGCAUUAUCGUGGGAAACGUCGGUCUAAGUGCGUCGGCCGAGUCGGUCCACCAUGCGAAGCGACCCAGCCGCCGGGGUUCCCGCCAUGGUCACGUACAUCGGAGCUCGUCCCGGCGGAACAAGGAAAACGGCUCAUCCCGGUCCAACAGCUUCCGGAAUAAGACUUCCAAUGCCAAGGGUAACAGCAACGCUAUUGGUGGCGGCGGUGGCGGCAAUGGCAGUGGUGCCAACGAUGCCAACAAUCUCGGCAACAGCGGUGCUGCCAACAAGGAUCACAUCCGGAUCCGAAAGCAGCGAGCGGUGUCGUUUGAACAGACGUCGGUUCUGGCGGGGACCACGAUGACAACGUCGGCCUCCGGUUGUCCGAUGUUGGUGGUCGGACCGAUUAAUCCGAAAUGGCGCGAUCACGCGUCGAAAUCGUUGGACGAGAAGAAAUUGCUCAGCAAACAGAACAACAUCGGUGGCGGUGGGCCCCUGAUGGACGGAGACGCGGACCUUGCUGGGGAGGAUAGUGCCAGCGGUAGUGGUGGUCCACCGGCGAUGGCAGUAGAUGCCGAUAGCGACGGAGAUUGGCACAUGAUGGACCAAAGCCAGCCGAGUCAACAACAGACGGCACCGGCGGUCGGGCAGCCGCAACAAGCGGCACCCAGUUCGGUCGGAACGGCACCCAGUUCGAUGCUGCAUCACUUCAAGCCACCGCGGAUAUGAAUCUAAGGUAUAGGUAUAGGCUUAAAAUGGGUUACGACGGAGGGCAGGUCGCCCGGAAGUCCGGUCGGACCGGGGGACGGAUAAUUCGAUUUCAUUCUUUUUAUUUAAUUUUAGUGUCUAUUAUUAUAGCUGGGUAUACAUGUGUGUGCGAGUGCGCGUUGAAUUUGUAGAAGGAUCGAGCGAGCGCGUUUGACGUUUAGUUAGACAAUUACGUAAAUUUUUUACUAUAUAUAUACGUCUUUUGUGUAACAAAGAACUGAUUCAUUACUCUUCGCGGAAAAUGGUAAUAAAUUUCCAGACGUGAAUCUGGAUCGGUCUGUAUCGGAUGUUUACUGUGCUGUAGUGCUGUCUGAUCAAUGUGGUUGGUUAGUGGCAUUAGUAUGGUUCGUUCACGACGUUUUUUUUAUAGUGAUAGUUGCGAUUUUGUUUAGUUUCAGAAGUUUUAUAGACCACCAAACCUUUUCCAGGCUUUUAGGCUUUCAUUAAAUAUAAAGAAAUAGGGGAAGGAUCAGCUAUUUCCAUUUAAUUCCUCUACCUUAAUUGCUUAUCCUUGACAGAUACGCGUAUCUGUCAUGGAUAAGCUAUGAAGGUAGUGGAAUUAAAUGGACAUUUCAAAUCCUUCUCUUUUUCAUCAUCAGGAUUCUUUCAUUCAAUUCAAAUUCAAACAAUUCAAACAAAUAUAUUCGAUUUUUCUUAACGACUGUAAUGUAUUCAUUAAACUUGCACAAACGACUAUUAUUAGUCUGCAUGUCGUUCACGCACAAAACCCUGUUUGUCACGGCAGCAUGCAUGGCGCUUCCUGGUAAAAAUCCAACAUCCUCUAUCACAGCACAGUAAACACACCUCUACUAACGGCCAGAUCCUGGAUUGAUCGAACGUUAAUCAUCCGAACAUCACUGAAUAAACAUAACAAAAAACCAAAUGGGGAUAAUCACAACAUUUCCGCUACCUAGUUUACUAUACAAAAGAGAACGUACUAAAACGCAAAGCCAGUGGUAUUCACUGUGUUGGUAUUAUAGUUAAGUAUGAAGAACGAUUUUUCAGCGAAAGCCUACACCAAAAAAAUAAUAAUAAAAUUGAAACAAGGAAGCAUAACUACAAUUGAUAUAAACAAAUUGAGAUCCAGAGAGAUCCCUCACGAGAAGCCAAAUUUCAAACUGAUAAAACCAGAGACUACAAAUUUUAGCUAAACUAAUUGAAUGAACAAAAAAAAAGUAGGUGUCGUAAAUUAUUAGGAUGAAAAUAUGAAACGAUUUUGUUUAUGUCGGUUUAAUGAUACCUAUGUACUGUUGUCGUCGGAUCGCAGUGCCGGUCCAAUCUAAAGUGUAUAUUUUCGUUGAAUUUUUCUCCGUUAGUAGGGCUUAAUCGAGAAAUAGAAUUAUAAGAAUGAAAUGGAAAAAGUAUUACUAAUCGUUUUUUACGAAGUUCACUCAUAUGGUAAUCACACUGAAAUGAAACUAUUUAAGAAAUCAAAUCGAAGCUGCAACGGACGAUGUUUGGAAGAAGUGUCCAGCUGGAGGAUAGGAAAUAACAACCAUUUUUUACUAAGAACAAUCCAUUUUCUAAAAAAAAAAACAGUAUAAGCAAAUUACUCAACCACCAGAGAAGAAAACAAAGAUGAAACCACGACCGAACCAGCAAACAGUCCUAAACCUACUAAAUUAAUAGGAAAUAUUCGUUUUUUUAUAAGUUUCUCCACGUGACAGAUAAGAAUAUAUAACCGAAGAAAAACCAACACAACAUUCCUUAAUUGUACGGCAAACGGAAGGGCUCGACGGGCUUGACUUUAGAACACAUUAAAACCACGAGUGAUUGCUCAACCAGUGUAGUAGUAGAACGUGGCGAUGAAACGCAAAGAAAUGUAAAACUGCGACCAUAAAUUACCAGAAAAUACGAUUAGGCACAAAGCGCAGGAUAUGCAUACACGGAGAAACGCAGAUCAAACGGAAAACGGUUCCUACAGCAUUAUUAGCCCCGGUUACCCGGAUUCCCAACACCACGUGUAAAGUUAGAUGUUACAAAAUUAAUUUGCUAGAAUUACACCAAAGAGGCAUUUUGUUCGCCCGCUCGCGAUAAAUUUGCACCCGAAAGCGGUUCCUAGCGGCAGCUGCUGGAAACACUCGACUAUCCAAUAAACCCACCGUAUUUACUCUAGCCAGGUCGCAAACCUGGUUGGCGUCAGACGUUUGAAUUGAGGCAGUGCUGCCGUUAUUCUAUUGAGGAAAUUUAUCAUAAUUUUGUUUUAUCAUAAAGUGAUCACAUGGACGUUAUUCAAAUUUGGAACAAGUUCAACGAUUUACCUGCGAUAGAAUCUGAGGAACGGCAGAGGAAAAUAGAAAUUGUUGUGAGGUGUAUUGAACUUUUGAUGUGAAUUCAAUCAAUUUUCCAAUUGGCGUACCGUAAACCGCCAUAAUUCUGCGCACUGUCUGAUUCCGCGCAUUCGGAAUAAAACGGAGGAUUUGUGUAAAUCAAAUGGUGAAUUGAGUCUUAAUUAGUUACGCGUUUCAUUGUUUGUAAUUUCAAAAUGAGUGCUGCAUAAAUAUAAACAAAGUGGUUACGUACUUGCCUGAAUAAUUCCGCACUCCAGUUAUAAAUUUCUAAUUUUUCUAAUUCAUUUAAUUUGUAGCAGGUUCAAUAGCUUCAUUGCAAUGAUGAUUAGCCAAUUAAUUUGUUUCAAACCCAUAAGAAAUCCAAGGCUAAAGCACAGCACUAUGCCCCACCUGUUCACUAUGUCCCUUCUUCCCCUACUUACUAGUGGUAUUGCAUACGUCUCUAGACAGGGUGUCGACUACCUGGAAAAACCUAGAGAGUCAGGGAAUAUCAGGGAAUUCCUUUUUGGACCUGGAAAAUCAGGGAUUGUCAGGGAAUUUCAUUCAAAGUCAGGGAAGUAUUUCUUUAUAACAGAAACAUAUUAAUAAGCAUGGCUGACUACGCUAGUUUCAAACAACUUAAUUACUCGUUGAAGUUUGAGGUUGGUUUUAAAUUUCAAAUUUUAAAUAGAGUUGCGAAGUUGUGGUUGUUUAAUGCUUGCUGUUGUAUUUUUGCAAGUGGAGCAAAAGUAACGCAAAUAAGAGGGUAU